AUGGUGUUCCAAACGUUUGUCCUCCUUUCCACAGUUCUCGACCUUCUGUACAUUUGCAGAGCUCUCAUGGAGCUUGCAUGGUGGGUUUGGGACUCGUUUCUAAGGCCAAUGAGAAAUCUGAAGGAGUAUGGCCCGUGGGCCAUUGUGACGGGUCCUACUGAUGGAAUAGGGAAGGAAAGCAAUCGCUUGGCUCGCUACCACGGCCUCAACUUGGUUCUUGUGGGUCGCAACCCCUCAAAGCUAAGCUUGGUUUCCACUGAGAUACUAAAGAUGAACAGAUCCAUAGAAGUAAGGAGAAUCGAGGUCGAUCUAGAAGGCGACAUCAACGAGGGAAUGGAGAAGAUCAGGGAAGGGAUCGAGGGCUUGGAUAUUGGUAUUUGGAUUAACAACGCAGGCACUGGUUAUCCAUAUGCAACGUUCCUGCAUGAGGCGGAUGAAGAGUUGGUAGCGAGAAUAUCAGAGUGA